AUGGCGCUCAGAUUCUUCCGCCAGCUAUACUCCCUCGACACCCUCGACACCCGCUUCGUAGUGCCGGCCACGACACCCCCGAAGGAAGCCCUCGAGGAAGCCAAACUCGACCCAGCAGGGCCCUUGCCGGUGCAGAAUGGAAAAGGCAAGAGCAAGGAUGUAGGAGACAAUAUACAACCGCCACGAUGGAACACAGCGGAGUUUUACUUCUACUCCGUGGCCGUUCUGAUAGCCGUGGCCCUUAUGUUCAAGUUGGUGCUGGAUGUAUCGAAAGAGUCACAUCCGAAUUACUCAAGGUUUUCUCACUUGCUAGAUGAUGGUUGGAUACCUGGCCGGAAAGUCGACAACUCAGACUCUCAAUACUCUGGAUUCCGUUCAAACAUGUUGUAUCUCUUCAUUGUGGUUUUACUGCAUCCAAUGCUACGGAAGGCCUACGACGCGUUCUGGAGAGCGGACACAUAUACGCACGUACGUCCUUCUGCGGGUAAUGGUAGCCUCACUAUGGGCUUGACUGCCUCCGCAGCAGCAGAUGCCCGGUUGAACCAGCGCAUCUCGUUUGAUGUACUGUUUGCUGGUGUCUUCCUUACUGCUUUGCACGGCUUUUCCACAUUCAAGAUUCUUGGAAUACUAUAUGCGAACUACUGUAUCGUCACGAAGUUGCCGAAGGAACAUAUACCGGCCGCCACAUGGAUCUUCAACGUCGGUACCUUGUUCGCCAACGAGUUCAGCACCGGCUACUCGUACAAUGCCAUUUUCAGCGCCUUUCUCUCGUCCCCAUCAUCAGAGAAGGAACAACCGACAAGGAAUUUCGGUCAUACGCUCGACAGCUACGGCGGCCUCAUGCCUCGCUGGGAAGUGCUCUUCAAGUUCACCAUCCUACGACUCAUCAGCUUCAAUCUCGACUACUACUGGAGUCUAAAUUCGCGAGCCAAUAGUCCUCUCGAAAAGAAGCAACUCGACCCCUCUAACCUCUCUGAGCGCGACCGCGUUACCAUCCCUGCUAAACCAAGCGACUAUAGCUUCCGCAACUACUUCGCGUAUGCCCUGUACUCGCCACUAUACCUCGCGGGCCCUGUCGUCACAUUCAACGACUACAUCUGCCAGCAACGCUACCGCCCACAUAGCAUCACCAGCAAACGCACAACAAUGUACGCCAUACGAUUCAUCGUCGUUUUACUAACCAUGGAAAUCAUGAUUCACUACAUGUACAUGGUCGCCAUCUUCCACGCCAAGCCUGCCUGGUCCCAGUACACGCCCGCGCAGCUCAGCAUGCUUGGCUUCUUCAAUCUCAAGCACAUAUGGCUCAAGCUUCUCAUUCCGUGGCGCUUCUUCCGCCUCUGGGCACUACUGGAUGGUAUCGACCCCCCAGAGAACAUGGUCCGCUGCAUGUCGAAUAAUUACAGCGUCAUGCACUUCUGGCGCGGAUGGCAUCGUAGCUUCAACAAGUGGAGUUUGCGCUACUUGUACAUUCCGCUCGGUGGCAGCGCGAUGCCAGGUAUCUGGGGCAAGGCGAGAGCAGUGGGAAAUUAUCUGAUCGUCUUCACCUUUAUCGCCAUAUGGCAUGAUAUCCAACUUCGCCUCCUCAUGUGGGGUUGGCUCGUCACACUCUUCGUUCUCCCUGAGAUCAUCGCUUCGUACAUUUUCCCAGCGCGCAAGUGGAAGGAUCGACCCGACGCGUAUCGCUGGCUCUGCGGCGUGGGUGCUGUUGGCGAAAUCCUGAUGCUCAUGGCAGCGAAUCUUGUGGGCUUUGCGCUGGGCUUGGAUGGUCUGGGCGAGUUGUUGAAGGGGAUUAUUGGGACGUGGGACGGCUGGGUGUUCAUGGCGACGAGUUGUGCUGCGCUUUAUAUGGCUGUUCAGCUCAUGUUUGAGUGGAGAGAAAACGAGAAGAGGAGGGGGAUUAAGAUGAAGUGCUAG